AUGGGAAAUGACGGUGGCUCGAUCGCGAAGCGCGACGAUCUCGUGCGCACCAAGGCGGCGGCGAAUGAAAAAGUCGACAAGGACGAGGUGCGGCACUCGCUCUGGUCGCAGUGCCGCCUUACGAAAAAGCCGCUGAGUGCGCCAAUCAUGGCCGACCGACUCGGCCAGCUCUACAACAAGGACGGCGUGAUUGAGUACUUGCUGCGGCGCGCGCAGGACGAGGCGACGGACGUGGAAAACAAGGCGGCGGGGCAUAUCAAAGGGCUUAAGGACGUGCGCCAGGUCAAGCUCGCGCAGAGCGCUGCGGGCGAGGACGACGACCACGCCUACCCCUUUUCGUGCCCCCUGACGCAGCGCGCGCUCACGGGCAAGUUCAAGACGGUGUGCUUGUGGCCGUGCGGAUGCGUGGUGAGCGAGUCCGGCCUGCGCUCCACGACGGGCCUGCAGGGCAAAAAGGACGAACAAGAGACGCCGUGCCCGGUGUGCGAGACGCCCUUCUCGCCCCAGGCCCUGGCCGAGGGCCGCACGACGCUCGACUCGGACCUCGUGUGGCUCAAUCCGCCCGAGGACGAGCAGAGCGAGCUGCGCGCCCUGCUGUCCCAACGCAAGAACAAGCGUAAAAAGAACGAGUCGAGCGAAAAGCGCGCCAAGCCGCGGCUGCCGACGCUCAACGACGCCGCGCCCGGUGCGUACGCGGCGCAGCAGGUGCGUGUGGCCCAGGCGAACGCCGCACACAAUGCGCCCGGCGCAAAAGAAAGCGAGGCCAUUUCGUCGCUCUACCGCAAGACGCCGUCGAAGCGCGAUGUGUGGCUCGGCAAGCAAGCUUCAUAG